AGAAUGAAGAAGAGUAACUCGACUCGGUGUUUUCGAAAAUCUCCGCCGAAAAUUUCGCACGCUACACCGGGGGAUGCUGCGUCCGGGACCGUACUCUCCUAUCGAUCUUUCGGCCGACCAACAACCACACGUUAAACAUAGUCAACAUUGACGCGCGCACACACACACACAUAUACACUUACGCCAAGCGGAGAAAGCUCGUAUCUAACUUUCGCAACCCCCCAUUGAAACCUGGCUCCGAGCUUUCAGUAAGCUCUGAGCUUUCAGCCGGUUCGAGUAGCGCUGCAUGCUCCGUAUUAUAUAUAUAUAUAUACAAGCGGCUUUCAAGAAUAUCUACUCUCUUUCACUCUCUUUCUCUCUUUCUUUCCUCAAUAAAGUUUUCCCCCCUUUAAAUCGAAAAAUAGAUUUUAUCUGAUAAACAAUCCGUUCUCAGCGCUGUGACGUAAUUCCUUCCAUGAAUCAUAAACACGAGAGCAGUAAUAGAAACGACGACUCGCGUUCCGUCGAACGUCGAAAAACUUUCCAUCCGUGACUUACGUGUUUCGUAAAGCUCGGUUAGGCACUUUAAAGACACUGGCUUUAACCUCCUCGUGCCUGGCGAGAAGAUACCGCUACUAAUAUCAGGCAAAUCGUCAUGACUGCACGUGUUUCUUUGACGAGCGCACAGCGUAUGGGGAAAUACAAUCGAGAUCACGUAAUAUCGAUCUCAUUGUGUUGGAUUUACUCUCUGAAAAUUCCAAUUGACUGAAGAGUUUUGCUCGCAUACAAAAGAGAGUAACAGUAGAGAAACGAAGACUAGUUCAAUAUUUCAUUGACACGUGAAACGAUUAUAUCUCUCGCGAGUGUUGUCAUAUAAAAUCCCAUUCAUAUAUGCACAUGUGAAAUCAAAAACUUUUUUCGAAAAAAAGCCGUUCACUUUCUUCUACGUGAUGAAAGAAAUACUACUACAAGAGGACUGCUGGAGAUGAUGAAACGUUCGUGAUAACGGAAUUAAUUUAUAACGGUGUCAAAUGAGAGUAAAUGAAGAAGGGUCGAAAAAAACAAAGGCGACGACGACGACAGACAUAACAAUGUGAAUGUAUUAUAUAGACAAGGACUUGGCGCAUAUGCGGCCUUCUUCUUCUUCUUCUUCUUCGAGAGAGGUUUUUUUCUCUAUUUCGACGCUCGAUCGAAAAUACAAAGAAGCCAUCGGCUGCUUUUAUUCGAUGGCGAUGCUUGCAAAGCUGAGAUGAUAUGGAAACUGAGGAUGAUGUGGACGAGGAGUUGCCGAGAGCGGCGGGUCGUGAAGAGAUUAAUCACAACAACAAUAAUUUCGAAGAACAUGAAGGCAUGAAGAUCUCUGAGGUGCCAACGUCUUCCUUGAUUGCGGAUCGGGAUAGUUUCUUCGUAAUGCGAUCAUCCUCAUCCGACCUUUUGCCCGAAAUGAGCAUGAGUAGCUUUAAUCCGGAUAAUAACCUCGACAAAGCCGAUGGGAACACGCAUGGAGAAUCAAAAGUACAUUUAAGCACGAACAUGAAGACUGACGUAAGAGAUUGCGAGAUCUCGAGGCUUUGCAAAACUAAGAGGGUAUCCUGCCAAGACACUAUUCACGAGUUCGAAGAGGACGAUGGCCUUACUAUGGAAAAAGUUGGAAAGUUUUUGGAGACACAUCCAGCCGUAUUGGAAGGAUGGAUAAGAGAAAAGGCGAGCGCCGAAUUGAGAAUGUGGUUGCAGGGAACAAGUUUGGCACCAAAGACAUCGACUUCAAGUCAACAUCAAGAAGAAAAUACGCUCAAUCGAAAUAAAAGAAAUAGCGUCACUUCGGAUUUAUUUCAAUCGUGGCUGGCGUCCAAUUCACCAGUAAAAAGAAGUAGAAGUCCUAGCAGAACUUCAAUGACACUAAUGGGUAGAAGAGAGGAAUUAAAUCGUUUGGAUGAAGGAGAACUUUUUAUGGAAUUGAUACGAGAUGUUGCUAAUGAGCUUGAUAUCAAUAUUCUUUGUCAUAAAAUUCUAGUUAAUGUUGGUUUACUUACCCAAGCGGACAGGGGUAGUUUAUUCCUGGCGAAAGGUCCUCCUGAGGAUAGAUAUCUCGUUGCCAAGUUGUUUGACGUCACGCAGGACACUGAAUCGGAUGAGGCAAUUCAAAAAGCGAAAAAUGAGGAAAUCAAAAUUCCCUUUGGUGUUGGCAUCGCGGGCUACGUGGCACAAAGCAAACAAAUCAUAAAUAUCAAGGAUGCUUACAAAGAUCCACGUUUUAAUAGUGCGAUCGACAUGCGAACGGGUUACAAAACUCAUUUGAUUCUCUCGAUGCCAAUUUGUAAUUACGAGGGCGAUGUAAUAGGCGUGGCUCAAAUCAUCAACAAAACUAAUGGUAAUAAUGAAUUCACCGAGAGGGACGUUGAGGUUUUUCAAAGAUACCUAACCUUCUGUGGAAUUGGUAUUCAGAAUGCGCAACUCUUUGAAUUAUCUGUCCAAGAGUAUCGAAGAAAUCAAAUACUACUCAAUUUGGCGCGAAGUAUUUUUGCCGAGCAAAAUAAUUUGGAAUGUCUCGUGUCAAAAAUUAUGACUGAGGCGAAAGAAUUAUUAAAAUGUGAAAGAUGUGCUGUUUAUCUAUUGGAUGUAGAUUGCGGUGAAGCGGGUCACCUUGAAAAAAUUGUGGAACGACCUGGAAGAAUGGUGCAAGAAGCAAGAAAACCACUUUCAAGAAGAGAGAGUAACAACAUUCAAAUGGAGGACAUUUAUCACCAACACAGCACAAGCGAAAUCAACAAAUUUACAAUGGUUUUUGAAAUGGAAAAUGGAAAAGAAGAGGCACGAGUUUAUCGACCAAGUGCCGAGGAUCUAUCAAAACCAUUGGGAAGAAUUGCAAAAUAUGUCGUUUUUUCUGGGGAAAUUCUUAAUAUCGGUGAUGUUGCAUCUUGGCUAAAAACUCCUGUUAUGGAAACAGGAAGUGAACCUGCCAGAAGUAUUCUUUGUAUGCCAAUUGCCAAUGGACAAAAGGAAGUAAUAGGAGUAGCUCAAUUAAUCAAUAAGGAUAAUGGAUCUUCAUUCACCGACUCCGAUGUCUCUAUCUUUGAGGCGUUUGCAAUAUUCUGUGGACUUGGUAUUCACAAUACUCAAAUGUAUGAAUCGGCCUGUAAACUGAUGGCAAAACAAAAAGUCGCUCUUGAAUGUCUUAGUUAUCAUGCAACUGCCAACAAUGACGAUGCCUUAAAAUUGAUGUCCGACUCGAUAUCAACAGCAGAAAAUUACAACUUAUACAGUUUUACAUUUAUUGACUUUGAACUUACCGAUGACGAUACUUGUAGAGCCACUAUCAGAAUGUUUAAACAAUGUGAUUUAAUUCAAAAGUUUCACAUUCCAUAUGAUGUUCUUUGUCGAUGGAUAUUGAGCGUGAAGAAAAAUUACAGACCGGUGAAAUAUCAUAACUGGAGGCAUGCAUUGAACGUUGCACAAACAAUGUUUGCAAUGUUAAAAACUGGUAAAAUGGAGAAAUUAAUGAUGGAUUUAGAAAUUUUGGGUUUAUUGGUCGCUUGUUUGUGUCAUGAUUUGGAUCAUCGAGGCACUAAUAAUGCAUUUCAAACAAAAACUGAAUCACCAUUGGCAAUUCUUUAUUCAACCAGUACAAUGGAGCAUCAUCAUUUUGAUCAAUGUGUCAUGAUUCUUAAUUCCGAUAGUAAUAAUAUUUUUCAGAAUUUACCUAUGGAAGAUUAUCGACAAGUAAUGAGAGUUGUGGAAAAUGCAAUUUUAUCCACUGAUUUGGCAGCGUAUUUCAAAAAGAAAAAUCGCUUCAUGGAAUUAAUUGAUGAGGGUGAAUUUGACUGGCAGAGCGAGGAGAAAAAAGAACUUUUGUGUGGAAUGAUGAUGACAGCUUGCGAUGUAAGUGCCAUUGCAAAACCCUGGGAAGUUCAACAUAAAGUGGCAAAAUUGGUAGCUGAUGAAUUUUUUGAUCAAGGCGAUUUGGAAAAAUUGCAAUUAAAUCAGCAGCCAGUCGCGAUGAUGGACCGCGAAAGAAGAGACGAACUCCCUCAAAUGCAGGUGGGAUUCAUUGAAGCGAUUUGUCUCCCAUUGUAUCGAGUUUUAUCCGAAACAUUCCCAUGGAUAAAGCCACUUUACGAGGGUACACUGGAAAAUCGAAAAAAUUGGCAGGAUCUGGCGGAGAAAGUCGAAAUGGGAUUGACAUGGAUUGAUCGUGAUACAAUUGAAAAACCAGUUGAGGAAUUUGUUUCCUCAGAACCAAAAGACAUUGAAUUUACAGUAACGACUUUAAAUUGUGCACACACAGAGAAGAAAGAUGGAUUAACUGAUAAUAUUUCGGAUGCGGCGAAAUCAUCAGCAUUAGGACGAUUUGCAUCGUUGCGUAAAGGUGGAAGAACAUUGAGUAAAGGUGUAAGAAGUCGAUUAAGUAGAUCAUUAUAUUCGAGGAGUAAUUCAGAGGAUGCUGGCAAGGGCAAGGAUUUACUUCCCGAAAGGAAAAAUAGAAAUAAAUUGUGUCUAUUAAUAUGACGGCUAACUACGUCGACCUUGGAAAGUAUUCCCGAGUGAUCGGCGAUAUUUUUUACACGACAACUACGCAAAGUUGUUAACAGUGUCAAUUGUCUGUCUCGUGAAUUAAAACAGAAAACAAAAAAAAAAAUUUCCUCCCCACUCCGGGACGAAUGGUCGGUCAUUGUUUGAGGCCUUAAAGUGAAGUUUGGGGGCUGAACUCGAAAAUUUCUGACAAAAAAAAAAAAAUCAGAAAAUAGUCCAGAAAAAUCAAUUGAAAUUGUACAAAAAUUCAAAUGAAUAGAAAAAGAAAAACUGUUAAUGAUGAAUUGAUUGAAUUUCAUAUCCGAUCCAGGGUAGGAAGCUCAAAAAUCCAAGUCGGUCAUACGUGUGCGACUGGAGGUGUGAAGUACCUGUGAAGAUCUAAAACUCUCAAAUUCACAUUUAAGAGAAAAAAUUUAUACCUUAUAGAAUUUUUUAAUCUCUAGUAAUUUAACAAAGAAAAUCAAAGAUAAUUAUUAAAACAAAAAAAAAAUGCCUAUUUUUGUCAAAAAAAAGAGUUGGAUUUCCGGGUGCAUUAUGACUCCAGAAAGCAAUAAAUUAAAAAGAAAGAAGAAGAAAACAGAAAAAAGUAUAGAAUAUUAUAGUAAAUGGCUAGGCGAUUAGACUGUGAAUUUAAACGUCACCUUGUAACAUUGCUCACGAUAGUUUCGAAGUUGGCGAUGAAAGUUAAAUAAAAAAAAAAAAAAAAAAAAAAA